AUGGCUGCCAGCAGAGGCGAGGAGGAGGCUCUCUGUCCAUGGGAAAGCACAACGCGCAGCCUGCCAGGCAGGCUCCAAUCCACCCACCAGCCUGCAGGCGCGCAGCAGGGGAGUACAGCCGAGGACCGCACAUUUCAAAAUCAGGCUCCCAGAGACAUUGCCAGGGCAGUAGACCUGAAUCGCUCCCCACACAAACUACGCAUUGAUGAGGUCAUUGCGUGCCGCCAUGCCCCCAGCAGCCUUAGCGAGCACAGCAGCCUUAGCGAGCACAGCAGCAACAGAGCUGGCCCCCCAGUUGCAGGCAGCGAGCAGGCCCAAAAGGAUGCAGCAGUGGUGGGACUGAGGAAGAGCAGAGAGGGGCGGUUGCGGGGCCAGCAGCUUCAGGAGAACCUGCCUCCGCGCCAGGCCUCGCCGAUGCAGAGAUCAUCCGCGGGAAAGAAUGCAAAGCCGGCGGACGUGGGCUGGCGCUACAACCAGACAUUCGUCAAGGAGAGGCAGGCAUCUUGGAGGCGGCCCAGCAUCAAGAUACCAGGGCAGAUUGCCGAUGCAGAAAUUGCAGCGGCGCCUGCCAGUGCACCUGUGAAGGGGAAGUCACCGGAGAAUAUCGACAGGUCGCUGCCGUGGCCGGCCAUCAGCCCCAAAGAGGCUGCCUCCACCGAGCAGGAAGCCUGGUACUUGGAACAGGUGUCAGAGGUCCUGGCAGGAGAUCCUCUGCACGUGGCAGCCUUCAGGGAGACCCUGCAGCGCUGCAAGGCCAGACACAUCAGCGCUGCAACAGCCCAGCAGCAGGUGGCGGUCAUUCUGUCGGGGCACCCGGCGUUGGUGGAGGGAUUUGCAGCGCUGCUGCCGGGGAGGGAACAUCGCUCCUGGCCAGACGUGCCGCCCCCCGCAGAAGCUCCCAGGCCAGAAGACAGGAGGGAGGAGGAGCAGGCAAUAGAGAAUGGCAGGGCCAAAUUGCUGCCCACCCCCCCGGCCGCCACUUCCCAGAGCUCGCAGCAGUCGGCCGGCCGCUCCUCCAAUGCAACUGCCCAGACCACACAGGGGUUGCCGAGGAGAGGUGACAGGAGAGCAUGGCCGCUGCGUGCCUGGCAUGCACUGGCGCCUCCAGCCAAGAAGCGCUACCUGCCCUGGUGCACUGCCCUCUAUGCAACUCCCUGCCUCUUCCUCUUCUUCUACAUGGCAGGGGGUUAUGGCAUGUACAAAGUGGAGCAAUUGGCGGAGGGUGGGCGGCUGACCAUCACACAGGGGUCAGAGGCCGUGGGGCGCCUGCCCGGUGGGCAGGCUGAGUCAGCGUCCGGGCAGCCCGGCGUGGUUGCCCGGGACAUCUUUGCACAGUACGUGGACCACAGCCCGCGGGCGCUGCUUUCAUGGCUCAGCGCGAGUCCAGGCUGGCGCAGCUUCGAUGAGUCAUACCUGGUCUCCUGGGGCGUGCGUGCCCUGCCGCUCGUUGCUGCAGGGCGCUGGUGGCUGUGGGCAACUGCAGCGUUCCUGCACAUCAACUUCAUGCACCUGGCAGGCAACCUGAUCCCCUGGGCCACAGUUGCCUUUCUUCUGGAGACCCGCUUUGGCUCCCUGAGAAUAGCACCAUUGUUUUUGGCCACCCUGCUUGGCGCUGCCUUCGCCUCCGCCGCCCUUGACCCCCCUUGUAGCCUGGUGGCAGGCUCUAACGGGCUCCUGGCGGGAUUGAUUCCCCUGGUGUGCGCGUCCAUGCUGGCGGACUGGAAGACGAUGGCGUUCCCAUUUCUGCAGCUGCUGCUCUGCAUCGCCUCUGUCGGGCUGCAUGUCACCGUCGCUAUCAUGCAGGCACAUGACCCCUGGCAGUCACACUGGGCGGAGCUGGGAGCAUUUGUGUGCGGGCUGCUGCCAUGCAUCCUCUUCACUCCGAGUCCCUCUGACAAGCGGCUGGCGGCCCGGUGUGGCCUGGCGGUGACAUCAGCGCGCACGCGUGGACACAAGCGCCGCCGCGCCGCAACCGCAUCGCCCCCUAACGGCUCCGUAGCCGCUUCCGAGGAGCAGCCGCUGCGUUCCAGCCGUUCUGCUCCCCGCCUUGCUGCGAGGGACGAGGUUACAGUUGCUGAUGUGGCGCACGGCGCUGAUGUGGCGGUUGAGUCGCCGAUGCCGGCCCGGCCGACCAAGCGGCGGCUGACGGCGCCUCGGCCAGACGUAGCCGCACCUGCCUACAUUGGUGCGCCAGAAGAGGAGCGUGCAUUGAGGGAGAGGUGGGCGCCAAACUCGCCGGGGCCGCAGGCGGCCGCAGAGUGGCGGGAGCAGCUGGACGGUAGCUUCCGGCGGGCAGACAUGCUGCUGCCCUACUUGCGGAAGGAAGCUGCCGCGCCCGGGCAGGACGCUGACGCCAUCGCUGCCCACCGGGCAGGCUCCCUGCACGGCUCGGUCGAGCUGGCGCUGUUGAGCUCAGACGCAGAGGUGCGUGGCAUGGAGGAGGGACGGGCAGGGGAAAAUCUGCGCAGGCACGCGCCAAAGCAGGCGCGGCACCGGCAGCAGGCCUCCACCGAGUCGAUCGCAUCAUCGCUGACAUCAGCCGGCACCGGUAACGCCGGCGCCGAGCCGGCUGCUGAGGCUGUUGACCACCCAACAGAGGGCGUUCCAGGGCCGGGCGCAGUCAAGAAGCGGCGGCUGUGCUCCUUCUGCGGCCUGUUGAGGGUGGCCUUCUGCACAGUCAGCAUCAUCCUGUUUCUGGGCACAUUGGUCGGCCUCCCUGUGUACAUCUACCUCGUCAAGCUUCCUGCCCUCCUCGCCUGCCAGGCAUGA